AUGCUGUUAAAGCUGCUCUAAUUUAAAAUAUAUUAAAAAAGUGAAUCACAACGAGUCAAUCUUGCAGUCAGUAACACUUGUAGCCGCUUCAUACAUUCAACAUAUGUUUUAUAAUGUAUCAGUAUGACAUCAUGGACUCGUCUAAAAUACCGUAUAUUUAGGAAGCUCACGAGGAAAUAAGACACGUCCAGAUCUCUGGUCCAAGACGCGCGUGUGGAUCCAUACAGUUCUCUGAGGGUUUAUUUAUUUUAGGCUGAUGGGAACGCUCCGUGACCUCCAGUUUGCCCUGCGGACGAAGAUCGAAGAGCUGCGACAACGUGACGCCCUCAUCGAUGAGCUAGAGCUCGAACUGGACAUGAAAGAUGACCUCAUCAGACAGUUACAGGGGGAGCUCGACCGUCUCCACACUGCCUCUGUCUCACAUAACCCCUCUGGCGUGAUAGAAAACACAGCAGCGUUGCCAGAUGAGCCCCAACGCACUAAACGGCAGGCUAUAUCAGCUGAACCCACAGCGCUCGACCCACAUCAACUCACCCACGUCACCUUAACCAACUACAGCAAGAGUGAAGAAUCUCGACAGUUGAUCCAAAAGGCUCUGUUGGAAAAUGAUUUUAUGAAGCACUUAGAAGCCGGUCAGAUCCUCACCAUCAUGGACUGCAUGUAUCCCACCACACUGGCACAGGGCUGCUGUGUCAUCCAGGAGGGAGACGACGGCUCUACCGUAUAUGUACUCGAAGAGGGGAUGGUGGAGGUCACUAAAGGAGGGCAGAAACUGUGCACCAUUGAGCCGGGAAAGGUGUUCGGGGAACUCGCCAUACUAUACAACUGCACACGCACGGCCACCGUCACAGCUCUGACUUGUAUCAAACUAUGGGCCAUAGACCGGCAGGGUUUUCAGACCAUCAUGAUGAGGACGGGCCUUCUCAAGCAUUCCAACUACAUGGAAUUUUUAAGGAGUGUGCCCUCCUUUAAGACCCUCACAGAAGAUGUGCUGAGUAAAUUAGCAGAUGUCCUGGAAGAGACGCACUACAGCGAUGGCGAUUACAUCAUUCGACAAGGAGCCACCGGAGACACAUUCUUCAUCAUCAGUGACGGCGAGGUGAGGGUCACCCAGCAGAAAUCAGCCAAUGAGGAGCCUGCGUUCCUGUGCACACUCGCAAGAGGUGACUGGUUUGGAGAGCAAGCUCUCAAAGGGGAAGAUGUGCGUACGGCAAGUGUAAUGGCAGUCGGUGAUGUGACGUGUCUAGUUGUGGACCGAGAAUCUUUUAAACAGCUCAUUGGAGGGUUGGACAACAUGAGCAACCAAAUGUACGAAAGCGAGGAGGUGAAGGCCAAGUUGGAUGCAGAAGCCUCGUUUUUCGCUAACUUGUCUCUCAGCAACUUCCACGUGAUCUGCACACUAGGGAUGGGAGGAUUCAGUCGCGUGGAGCUGGUACAGCUGAAAAAUGACCAGAGUCGAUCUUUUGCUAUGAAGGUUUUGAAGAAGCGUCACAUACUGGACACCUGUCAACAGGGACACAUACUGUCUGAGAGACGCAUCAUGAUGGAAGCCCACAGUCCCUUUACUGUCCGAUUGUAUCGGACCUUCAGAGAUUCCAAGUACCUGUAUAUGUUACUGGAGGCGUGUUUGGGUGGAGAGCUGUGGACUCUGCUCAGAGACAGAGGAUCAUUCGAUGAUGGCACCACACGAUUUUACGCUGGAUGUGUGGUGGAAGCUCUCGCGUUCCUCCACUGCCGUGGCAUCAUCUACAGAGACCUAAAGCCUGAGAACAUCAUACUGGAUCAGCGUGGAUAUGCCAAGCUGGUUGACUUUGGUUUUGCCAAAAAAGUCGGAUUGGGGAAGAAGACUUGGACGUUUUGUGGAACUCCGGAGUACGUGGCUCCUGAGAUCAUUCUGAAUAAAGGUCAUGAUGUGUCCGCAGACUGCUGGUCUCUUGGGAUCCUCAUAUUUGAGCUGUUGAGCGGAAGCCCACCUUUCUCAGGGACAGAUCCCAUGAUGACAUAUAACGUUAUUCUUCGAGGAAUUGAUAUGGUCCAGUUUCCCAAGAAAAUCACUAAGAGUGCUGCAAACAUGAUCAAGAGACUUUGCAGGGACAAUCCAUCUGAGAGACUUGGCAACCAGAAGAAUGGUGUUAAGGACAUACAGAAACACAAAUGGUUUGAAGGUUUUAACUGGGAUGGUAUUCGUGAAGGCACUUUAACACCCCCGUUAAUACCGAAUGUGGAAGGCCCUUUGGACACAAGCAAUUUCGACUGUUUCCCUGAAGAUACAGAUGAGCCACCUGAUGAGGAAUCUGGCUGGGAUAUCGAGUUCUGAAUUUGCUGGAAAUUAUUUAGUUGUGUCAAAAUAUGUGAGACAGUCUCUGAAAACCCAGCUAAAAUAAUUGUACUGUUUUCUACAUAAUGUAAAGAACAUUUUAUGAAAAUAUAACUUUGAUAUAUUUACUAUUAAGUUAAUAUCAAUGAUUGAAAUCAAAAUUUGAUGCUCCUAAUCUCUUUAUGAGAUUGAAAUUCACAGACCGAUGUACAGAUGCUAAUAUUUUACGAGUGAUGUUGUCUUUAUAGUUAAUAGAAAUGGGAAACAGGAGUGAGAUAUAUUUGUAGCCCAUGUCUUUUAAUUGGUUUGUAACAAACUCUUUUUACACAGUAUGUUUAACCUUCUCUGUAUAGAAGCACCCAAAACAGUCAGAUUACACAUGCUAGUGGGAUAUCUCAUAACCAAAUUAAUUAAUAAAGAAACAAACUUGGUUCA